CUUUUGACCUCUAUACAAUAGUUUACAUUCUCUCAUAAACACACAAUAAUAGAAAUAUGGCUAGCCACCAUGCAAAUGAUACAUUGCAACCAAAACUUUCCUCACCAUCGACAAGCUCUCCUCCUAUGUCAGUUGUAGUGACACCUUGUGCGGCUUGUAAGAUUUUAAGAAGGAGAUGUGCGGAAACAUGCGUCCUGGCACCUCACUUUCCUCCUGAUGAACCUCUCAAGUUCAUUAUGGCUCAUCGUGUAUUUGGUUCAAGCAACAUAAUCAAGUUUUUACAGGAAUUACCAGAAUCUCAAAGAGGUGACGCAGUUAGUAGCAUGGUGUACGAGGCAAACGCAAGAAUCAGAGACCCUGUAUAUGGAAGUGCGGGUGCCAUUUUUCAACUACAGAACCAAGUAAACGAACUACAAGCGCAACUAGCCAAAGCUCAAGCUGAGGUAUUCAAUAUUCAAUGCCAAUAUGCAGCUUUGUUUUGCAUUGAAACAGGCCAAUCUCCACAAUCAUCAUCUCAUCAAUCUUUUGACGGAUUUGGUUCUGAUGAAAGCUUUCAAAGCAGUAACCCUAGUUUCUAUCUUGACCAAGAUUCAUUAUGGGACACUAUUUGGGCUUAAACCCUACUAAUUUCGGAUGAAAUCUCCUAACUCCACAGUUUUAACUAUUGGGAAGGACAAAUAAAGAAAGGAGGCUAAGCAAAUAUGAUGUUUGUUUUCUCCCCAAGACAGAUAUUCAUUCUCGUAGUUAGUAGUGAACUAAAUCUUUUGUCAUCAGUAUAUUAAUGAUGCAAAAGAUGCCGGAUUUGAACCAAUGAUCUUUAUCUUUUUUUUUUGAAUGGCUAAUGAUCUUUAUGUUACUGUGUAUGAUAUAGUCGUGUACGCUUUUAGUGAUUUUGGUCGAUAGAAUUCGGUUAUUAUUUGUUUUAUAGUUGAAAGAGCAUAUUUAAAGCAUUUAAUAUUUAUGAAGAGUAUUUAUGAUUAAGAUA